GUCAUACAGUCAGUGCCAAGCUAACGAAGCCAACCAGAGUAAACAACUAAGUUAGCCUAUCAGCUAGCUAGCAACUUCUGAAAUGGCGUCGUUAACGGCGACAGAACCAGCGUUACACCCAGGUACAGCGCCAGCAGCAGAGUCCAUAGUGCCUGCUUGUAUGUUUGCACCGGACCGGGGGUGUGCCGAGGAUCCGUCCGGCGGAGAGGGCUUUGAAGACGGCGAGGAUAGAAAUGGAGAGCCCGCGGAUCAUUUAGACUUAAGUAGCAAGCUGGUCCUUGUGAGUCCAACAGGGGAACAAUAUGAUUCAUUACUGAGACAUUUGAGGGAGCGGAUAGAUGAGGGCUGCGGAGAGACAAUCUAUGUGGUUGGGAUGGGCUCAGAUGGAGGUGAUUAUGGUCUGGAUGAAAAGGACAUGGAGGCGUCGGUAGCCACCGUGCGGUCGCUGUGUGAACAGAUUGAGGCUGACUUAAUCAUGCUGAGAGAAAGGACAGACGCUGGAGGAAAGAUUCGGGACUACCUCAUCCGUCGACGUGUGGGCGAGCAGGAUUUCCUAGAAGUCAGAGUGGCUGUUGUUGGAAAUGUAGACGCUGGAAAGAGCACCCUGCUGGGAGUGUUAACCCAUGGUGAGCUGGAUAAUGGCAGAGGUUUCGCUCGUCAGAAGCUCUUCAGGCACAAACAUGAGAUGGAGAGUGGGAGGACCAGCAGUGUGGGCAACGAUAUCCUGGGCUUUGAUCAGGAAGGACAGGUGGUAAACAAGCCAGACAGCCAUGGCGGGGGUUUAGACUGGACCAAGAUCUGUGAGAAAUCCUCCAAAGUCAUCACCUUUAUUGACUUAGCUGGGCACGAGAAGUACCUGAAGACCACAGUCUUUGGCAUGACGGGACACCUGCCUGAUUUCUGCAUGCUCAUGGUUGGCAGCAAUGCUGGCAUUGUUGGCAUGACCAAAGAGCACCUGGGUCUAGCGCUGGCCCUAAACGUACCUGUGUUUGUUGUGGUUACCAAGAUAGACAUGUGCCCAGCUAACAUCCUGCAAGAGACACUAAAAUUAUUACAGAGGUUAUUAAAGUCACCAGGCUGCAGGAAAAUCCCAGUGUUGGUGCAGAACAAGGAUGAUGUCAUUGUCACAGCCUCUAACUUCAGCUCUGAGAGGAUGUGUCCAAUAUUCCAGAUCUCAAAUGUGACAGGGGAGAACAUGGACUUGCUGAAGAUGUUCUUGAACCUCCUUUCCUCUCGGACCACCUUUAGCAAUGAUGAGCCUGCAGAGUUCCAAAUAGACGACACAUACUCCGUACCUGGUGUGGGCACAGUAGUUUCAGGCACUACGUUACGUGGAUUGAUACGACUCAAUGACACGCUCCUCUUAGGCCCAGACCCCCUCGGCACUUUCAUCCCCAUCGCAGUUAAAUCCAUCCACCGCAAGAGGAUGCCUGUCAGAGAGGUUCGCGGUGGACAGACCGCAUCCUUCGCCCUCAAAAAGAUCAAACGAUCAUCUAUAAGGAAAGGAAUGGUGAUGGUUUCCCCCAAGCUGAUGCCACAGGCCACCUGGGAAUUUGAAGCCGAGAUUUUGGUGCUUCACCAUCCGACCACGAUAUCCCCGAGAUACCAGGCCAUGGUCCACUGUGGCAGCAUUAGGCAGACAGCCACAAUCCUGUCAAUGAACAAAGACUGUCUGAGGACUGGGGACAAAGCCACGGUCCACUUUCGCUUCAUCAAGACCCCCGAAUACCUGCACUGUGACCAGAAGCUGGUGUUCAGGGAAGGACGUACCAAAGCUGUAGGCACCAUUACAAAGCUUCUCCACUCAGUGAACACCCAGGCAGCUAAGGCCCAGCAGUCCAAAUCUCAAGCCAGCAAAAAGAGUUCUAAAGAGGGCACAACCGCUAAUGAGGACAGUGGAUCAGCAGCACGGCCACCCAGUCCUACCACAGCGCAGCUACCGACAGUGGCAGAGGAGGAGGCUCUGUGUCAUGAUGGCAACAAAGAAAACAAGCUCAAGUCAGGAAGCGGGGGACGCAGGAGAGGUGGUCAGAGACAUCGAGGGAAAGGUGUGAAUGCCACGACUACAGCAGUGCCCACAGGAGCAGCGGGCACAGCCUAAAAGCACAAACAUAGGUUUCUUCACAGCCCGUCAUCAUCAUCAUCAUCAUCAUCUCUUCACAAAGAGGAGGGAGAGUGACUGUGUGGGCCUCUUACAGGUGUGCAAAGACUGGCCAUCUUUCUUUCAAAUAAAAACAAAUAAAUAAUUAGUGAACAGUCUGAAUCAAGAGAGUGACAUAUUUAUCAAAAAUGAUAUAUAUUUUUCUUGUUGGCUGAUGAAGGUGAUAGUUCUUUUUUAAAUUUGUUUUUCCAGGAGGUGUUUAUCUCAUUUGUUUUUUCCCAGCUUCCAGCAGAUUGAUCAGUCACUCUCUCUGCUCUCUCUCCUGCCUCUAAUGUUUUUUGUUUCCCCCAUCGGUCAGCCCGCUUUUUCCUUAUUCUACAUUUCCUUGUGUUCUGCCAUUAAUGGGACUUCCUGAAGGCACCAGACUUGGAGUCUGCUAAUAUUUGUCAGUGAAGGAGGAUUGUGUUCAGUAGUUGAAAAAUACUGAAGCCAGCAGUAUAAAUGUGUAUUUGGGAUCCAUUGAGCUGAAAGGGAUUUGAUAGUAAGCGGUCGGCUGUAGCUGCUGCUGUGUUAGUUUAAGCUGACCACUGGUUUUGGGGUUUGGCUACAAACUGUUCUCUGGAAACCUACUGAUGAUGUAAACUCUGUGGUUGUGUUACCCUGAGACUAGUUAUGAAUGCAUCACUUAUAAUGAAACAUCGGCUUGUACACAAAGUGCUCAUGUAGCCGAUGUUUAAACAUGUUAUAGAAGGAAAUCUUCAUGGACUUUUUCUAAGAGUCCGUGUUUCAGUUUUUCUAGUUUUUCAUGAAGCCAAAAGAGAAAAUUUCUGAAUCAUCCUUUUUUAACGUUGGAGUGUUUAGUAGCAAAGUGGCGUUUGUCAUGGUGUAAUGUACUACAAGUGCUUUUUGAACAAGCAAAGCAGGCAGAGGACCUUGAGCACAGUUCCACUUUGAUCCAGUAUAUUAAAUGAAAGUCUUGUGCACAAAAACAUCCAUCAGGUAUUUUACUAAUUUAAUUUAAAAAAACAAACUCUAAUGAUGUCAAAGCCAACACAGAACAUGUUUCAGUAACUGAAGUUUUGCUGCACAUUUUGUGUUUGUUCUUCAAUUAAUUGAGAAUUUUCAUGUGAAGUCCAAAUCAGGUGCAAAGCUUCACAAGCAAACGUGGACAAUCACCAGAGUUGAGAUAUUUUAUGGUACACGUGUGCAAGUCAUGUUGCAUCCUGCCUUAACCUGACGUAUACCCCUAAUGACAUCAAGCUAAAGUAAGCAACAGUAGACUACACCCUUUUUUUGCCACAGAUGUUUUCCACUGGUUUUUAUGAAAGUGGUUUCUCUAGUUGUCUUUAUAUUGGGAAGGUGACCGUGUUAGCAGUUGUCACAGUUUUGCAGCCCUCUGUUUCUUCUUUGGGGGGCAUAGAUCUCCCCUCACAUUAGUAUUAACUUAAUGUUGAUCAGUCUGGUCCGACAGUCCUUGAGCUAACAGCUUUAUACGUCUCAUAAGCACAAUGAACUAAGACAGCAUUACUCCCUUUCUCCCCCUUUAGAUUUUACCAACAGUGCAUGGAUGUUUAUCUGAAGAGACUGUUUGUGUGUACAGUUUGUUACGUUUUUGGACAGUGACACAUUUUUUUUUCUCACUUUUACAUCUGCAGUAGAUUUGAAAACCAGCUGCAAUAGUAGAGCAAACUGUUGUGGUUGUGGUUACGCUUUGUUUCAACACCAUGACUGCAGCUGUCUUCAUAGGUCUUUCUGCCUUCAUAGCUGAUUCAGGUGAUUGACUUAGACACUCCACAAUAUUGUACCUUUUCACCUUUAAACAGGUUAUGCGUUCAGCCAAAGUUAUCUUUGUAAAAAAGAGAAGGACCUUAGUAACAUUUAAAACUGGACCACCAAAAAAGGUUGUAAAGGUCCUGCGAUCAUCCGCAGCUAUCAUCUGUUGACAUCCAGGCAGAUGUUCCUACAAUAGAUUCAUUUUGUUCUUUUCGACCACAUGUUGUGCCAUCUACAUCAAAUGCCAUACUUAAAAUCGUCUCCAGAUCUUCGACAGGCUUCAUUUAUAAAAACGAUAGCCCAUGAGUGAAUUGUUCAGUCACAUUUCAACCUUUGAAGUUAAAGGUGAGAGCCUUCAUGUUGUUUCCAUCUUAACUGUUGCCGUGGCGCGUGGAGGCCGAACGGUGGGAGAGGUGUCACUGUCCAAAAAUCUGUAUGUGAGACGCAAGUUGUACAUGCCAUUUAAAUUAAGUGGUGCCAGUUUGUGUUCUAAAUCCUUUUAAAUAAAGAUGUUAUUUAAAAAAAUGUGUUUUAAUAUUAAAUCAUUUAAAAUAAUGUCUUCAAGAACAAGUUUAGGAGGAUUCUUUGGUGAAAUUCAGAAUUAUAUUUUAUACUUUGUAUGCUCAGAGGUGCUCCGUCCAGAAUGUACCUUCCCUGUUACCUUUACCUGACAGGCUCCAGCCCCACCGUGACCCUGAGCUGGAGAAGCGGCCGUGGAUGGAUGGAAGAAAUUGCUCAGGGUGAAAGGUUGGACAGCGUCUACACAGCAUAAUGGAUUUUUGGCUUUGAUUACACAACCGUAAAGUUUUGUGAUGAAUUUGGUUACAAAUGUUACUCUGCUGACAAAAAAGGAUCAAAAAACAUUUUCCCAUCUCAGGGGAUGAACCAGUGCUGUAUCUACACACUGUGUCUUAUCUUUUGGACACUUUUACCAACAGCCUAUCACAAAAACAUAAUUUAUCUCAUUUCUUUAGUCGAAUUGACAAAAAUUGCCAAAUAAAGCACAUGUUGUUUUACAUCAACAAGGUGAUCCCCAAACAGCCGUUAGCUGAAAACUUGGCACAUCUCGCCAUGCCAGUCGGUGUGGCCUCCUUCGAACUACAUCACUGUAAUGCCAUGAAGAAGAAUUUGGAUAUCCAUUCAAGUUUGUUUUCAGCAAUGUUUGUGUUUAUGUCAGCAAGAAAAGAAUUAAAAAAUGCAGCAUGCAAAUGAUAAUAUACCUGCUGUUGGGGUCAAACAUUCAGUGGAAGAAUAUAAAAUAAACAUUGUGAAAUAGGAAACAGACACUGGCAGUGGGUGUAUCGUUCUGUUCUUCUGUUUACAUUUUUACAAUAUUUCAGUGUUUUACGGCAGUCUGAAUUUAGGACAUUUGUAUUUUCAUUUGUUGAUUAUGCUUAAUGAUUAUUCACAUUUGUAGCAGGAAUGACCCACGCUCAGCAAUGUGACUGCAAAGGUUUAUUUACAGUGUGCCUUUCAGUGCUGUUGCGUUACCGUCAGCAGCUUUUCGGCUCCUCAUUGCGUGGCAGCGCCUUCCUCUCACUGCUCCUGCUAUGGUCUCUCCUCCUCUCUGCGACUGCACGAUUAGUGUUUUCAGCCUCCCCUGACACCACACCCUUAACCUGCUGCUCCACCCCUCCCCUGCACCUGAGCCACCAAACACAACAUGAAAAAUGGCUGAACAGUGAAUCAGUUUCUUUGGAAAUUGAUUAAUUCUUUUUCAGCUCUUUCAGCUAAGUCUGGUUCUGCUGGAGAUUUCUUCCUGUUAGAAGGGAGUUUUUCCUUCCCAUGGUUGCCAGUGCACUGAUUGUUGGGCUUUUCUUUGAUUUGUCUGUAUUACUGUCUUUACCUUACAGUAAAGUGCCUGGAGAGAACUGUUGUUGUGAUUU